AUGUUGCUCAACAAGCUGCUCGUAGUUUUCGCCGCCACGGCGGCGGCAUUGAUUCCCAUAGAAGGGGGCAAGCCGUGCGGAACAGAACUUACUGACGAGGAUAGGCAGAUGUCGGCAUGGCUUAGUAUACUACCUCCCGUGACUUCUCAAGAGAAUAUUGUUAUCGACACAUACAUGCAUAUUAUAGCAGAGUCCAACUCUACUGAAGGAGGCUAUGUUCCUAAAGAAGAAAUGGAAAUUCAAUUCAAAAAUUUGGUCAAAGACUACGAAAAAACCGGUUUCACGUUCGCUCUCAAGGACAUCACCUGGACAGUCAACGAGGAGUGGUCCAACCUGAAUGAGCGGUCAUUUACGCCACAAGUAAAGGCUCUGCGCAAGGGCUCUUACAAGACGCUUAAUCUGUUCUAUGUCAAGUUUAUCAAAGGUGCUGGUGGCUUCUGUGGGUAUCCGAAACGAAAUCCAAGCCAGAACGAAAUUCUGCACAAUGUGUGCUUCAACCGUCUGUUCAUCUUACCGAAUGGAAGACCGGGUUCCCUGGGAAAAACGACGACGCACGAGGUCGGUCAUUAG